CGUCAUUACUCUGCAUUUGUCUUCAGCAAGCACUCAGCACACACCGUGUCCACACUCUAUACCCAGCGAUAGCCGAGACAUCGAUCAACAUGGUGCAGCGGACUUCCACCGCCCAAGUGAUGUCCAUGGACCUCAGCCCAAAGAAACCCAACAAGGCCUACGGCAGCGAUGGCGGCGCCUACUACGACUGGUCCCCCGCCGACCUGCCCAUGCUCGGCGCUGCCUCCAUUGGCGCCGCCAAGCUCUGCCUCUCCGCCGGAGGCCUUGCUCUGCCUAGCUACUCUGACUCUGCCAAGGUCGCCUACGUCCUCCAAGGUAAGGGUACGUGCGGCGUGGUUCUGCCGGAGGCGACCAAGGAGAAGGUGAUCCCCGUGAAGGAGGGUGACUCGCUCGCGCUCCCUUUCGGCGUCGUCACCUGGUGGCACAACGCGCACGCCGCCUGCAGCAGCUCCGACUCCGACGACCUCGUGGUCCUCUUCCUCGGCGACACGUCCACGGGCCACAAGCGGGGCCAGUUCACCAACUUCCAGCUCACCGGCUCCACGGGCAUCUUCACGGGCCUGUCCACCGAGUUCGUCGCCCGCGCAUGGGACCUCACCCCGGACGCCGCCGCCGAGCUCGUCUCCUCCCAGCCCGGCGCCGGCAUCAUCAGGGUCAAGGACGGGCACCGGAUGCCCCAGGCCCGCGACGAGGACAGGGAGGGCAUGGUCCUCAACUGCCUGGAGGCGCCGCUCGACGUCGACAUCAAGAACGGGGGCCGCGUCGUCGUCCUCAACACCCGGAACCUGCCGCUCGUGGAGGAGGUCGGUCUCGGCGCCGACCUCGUCAGGAUCGACGCGCACUCCAUGUGCUCGCCGGGGUUCUCCUGCGACUCCGCCUACCAGGUCACCUACAUCGUGCGCGGCAGUGGCCGCGUCCAGGUCGUUGGGAUCGACGGCACGCGGGUGCUGGAGACCCGCGCCGAGGGAGGCUGCCUCUUCAUCGUGCCCAGGUUCUUCGUUGUCUCCAAGAUCGCCGACGAAACUGGCAUGGAGUGGUUCUCCAUCAUCACCACCCCCAACCCAAUCUUUAGCCACUUGGCGGGCAGGACAUCGGUGUGGAAGGCAAUAUCUCCUGCGGUCCUGGAGGCGUCGUUCAACACCACGCCGGAGAAGGAGAAGCUGUUCCGUUCCAAGAGGCUUGACUCGGAGAUCUUCUUCGCGCCUGCUUCAAACUAAUAAUACAUUCGCCGAUGGAACAGUGCUGCUGCUGCCUAGAUAUAUAGCUCCCAUCCUUGCGUCUUUAGUUUAUUACUAGCUUCGAUCGAUCAGUUUAAAAUCAUCAACUGCUUAUCGCUUUGCAUUGAGCAGUUUUAUAGCACUUCGUGUAAUAAUUAGCUUGAGAUGGUAGAGAGAGUUUCUUAAUUCGAUCUCUUGGUAUCUUUUAUUGAUUUCUCAUUAGACACAAACACCGAACUUGGAUUUCGACUUUUGAGCAAUACCGUACCAAUGCAACUGCUUGGCUGGAACUUUAAUAAUAGAAUUCUAGUACUAAUUUUCAGUCUUUUGCUA